CUCCUCUUUCUUGCUUAUUUAUUGGCUUUUUAGGUCACACUCCUCUCCAUACUCCAUACUCUUUGAGUCUAUACCUUUGUUUCCUCUUCGAUCUCCUACUAGAGAUACCCGGUAUACACUCUCAGUCUCUCUCUCUCUCUCACAUAAACUCCUAUAGCUACUAGGCUGAUUAUCAACAAAAGUUCACAUCUAGAGAGAAAAUGAGGAUGAUAGACUUGGGAAGCCAAAGAGGCCCCCUACAUAUUAUCGACACUGCAACCUCCGUAGACUGUGGCAGAGAAGUGAGGUUCCGCCGAUCCUUUCGCUCCCUGGUGGAGUGCAUGGUCCCAUGUUGUGGCUUCCAACCAUCCGACUCCCUCUCCACCGACACCGACUCAACUCACGGCUCUUACUCCACUAGUACUACCGUCACCGGUACCUUCUUCGGUUACAGGAAAGGCCGAGUCAGCUUCUGCCUACAAGACGACACCCGUAGCUCGCCUCUUCUGCUUCUGGAGUUCGCCGUCCCCACCGCCUACCUGGCAAGAGAGAUGCAGUACGGCUUGCUCAGAAUCGCGCUCGAGUGUGACAGACAAAAGGAUAUCCGGUCCAUCAGCUCCUCCACCUGCUCCCUCUUCAACGUCCCCGUCUGGUCCAUGUACUGCAACGGCAGGAAGGUUGGCUUCGCCAUACGGCGUCAGAUGACGGUGAGCGACGUGGCGGUCCUGAAGCAGAUGCAGACUGUCUCUGUCGGGGCGGGUGUUCUCCCUGUUGCGCCGCACAAAUCCGAGGUGGAUGGGGAUGGGGGUGACCUCAUGUACCUACGAGCCAGCUUCGAGCGAGUCAUUGGCUCGCCCGACUCCGAGUCCUUUCACAUGAUUAACCCCGUUGGGAGUUCCGGCCAGGAGCUCAGCAUCUUUCUUCUCAGGUCGUGACAGCUGCCAAAGCCGUUGACCGAAUGAAUUGUUCUUAUAUAUAUUUAGUUAUUAUGUCACUGGAUCCCAACCUAUCUUCAUGUAUUAGGAAUGUUAGUUCUUCAUCUUAUGGCAUGUAGCUAUAUAUGUAACUGGCUAUAUAUGUAUUAUAAUUUAUCAUUUUUAAUUUCAGAUGUGCUCAAGUAUUUUAUCCUCA